UUUGCUGUCUAUUGUUUUCUAAACCCGAUGGGUUUAAGGAAUUAAUUAGUAGAAGUUUAAAAAGGGGGAAAAAAGAGCGAGGUUUUGCAUUUAAGGUGAGAGAGGAUGCGACAUACUCGUAAGGGUGAAGUUUCGUCCUUGCCUUUAUAGUUUCUUCCAGUCGCAGGUCUAGUGUUCUUCUCCGUUCUUUCGGAUAGGAGCAGGGAAGAGAACACAUCCAAUCAUGGUAAAUGCUUCUGCAGUUUCAUCAUCAAACCAGGCAAAAAAUGCUGGAGGCUUUAGAAAUUUGAGAAGAAGUCAGCUUGGCGGCGUUAUAUUCGGUUGCACGAAGAACACUAUGAAAGAAUGUCUCUCAAAGCAACUAUUUGGUUUGCCAGUUCAACAUUUUGCAUAUGUGCAGAAUGUUGAUCCAGGCAUGCCAUUAUUUUUGUUCAACUACACUGAUAGAAAGCUUUAUGGCAUCUACGAAGCUGCAGGCUCUGGUCAAAUGUAUAUCGAUCAAUAUGCUUGGACGUCAGAUGGUUGUUUCCGAACUCCUUAUCCAGCACAGGUUCAAAUACGUGUACGUCAGCUCGGUCAACGCUUGCUAGAAAAUCAGUUUAAACCAGUAAUUAAGGAUAACUAUUAUUCUCAAAACCAUUUCUUGUUUGAGUUAGAUCAUGUUCAAGCUGGUAAAUUAAUGUCCAUAUUCUCGUCUCUUGCAUUUGCUCCAAGUAGUAGCCCAACACAUAACUUUGCAAAGGAGAGAAGUAUAUUCCAAGGUUUACCUGCCAAUGACAAAAGAGAGGAAAAUGGAAUAUUUCAGUCACAAGACUCCAAAGAUAUUUUUGCAUACGCAUCUGGUCUGAAUGAGAAAUUGCCGGCUAGAGACACUUCUCCUCUUCAUUCAAAUGGUAGCCGGCAGCAGGAGGUGCUGCUAGAUAAUCAGACAGUAUUGGAUGAGAAGGAUCUGAUAUAUAUAAAACUGAGAGAAUUGGCCCUUCAACGUGAAUUCUCAGGUGGCAUUACAGAUGGGCCUUCAAAUGAAGCCACCACUGUAGUCGUACCUACGUCCAUAAAUCACGCAAUAAUUGGGCAAGAAACUUUGCAGGAAGAGCUGCCACUUGGAGAAGAGCAGAGUAUAGACUGCUCCAACGACUCAACUGGUUAUCCAUCUGUUACAGCUCAGCUUCUUCAAGGAAUGGAAGAACUGAAAGCUUUAAUAGAAGAGAAAAAUUGUAAGAUGGAUUAUUUGGAGCAGAAGAUGGCUCAUGCUGAACAAGAGAUUAAACAGUUAAAAUAUAGAUGUAUGAUGCUGGAGUCCUCAAAUACUGUUUGUACAUGUGCUGAUGAAAUAAAUGAUGGACACCUGAAGCAUGAGAUGAUUUUCCUAACUGGAGGAUAUGAUGGUGUAUCAUGGUUAUCAGCAUUGGACUCGUAUUUACCUUCAUUCGAUGUGUUAAAUUCACUUAAACCAAUGAAUUCAGUCCGUGCAUAUGCCUCGGUUGCAAAGCUGAGUGGAGAAUUUUAUGUAUUUGGUGGUGGAACUGGAAGCUUGUGGUAUGACACAGUUGAAUCGUACAACUCAGCUAAUGAUGAAUGGACUAUGUGCCCUUGUUUGAAAGAGAAACGGGGUAGCUUAGCUGGUGCAACUUUGAAGGACAAAAUAUUUGCAAUUGGUGGUGGAAAUGGGAUUGAAUGCUUUUCAGAGGUUGAAAUGUAUGAUUCUCAAGUAGGACGAUGGAUUAAUACUCAGUCCAUGUUGCAGAAGAGAUUUGCUGUUGCUGCAGCAGAACUCAAUGGUGCUCUAUAUGCUGUUGGAGGAUAUGACGGGAACAAUUACCUGGAGACUGCUGAAAGAUUUGAUCCCAGAGAACAUUCCUGGACAAAAAUCGGAAGUAUGAGUACAAAAAGAGGAUGCCAUGUGUUGGUUGCCUUGAGUGGGAAGUUAUAUGCACUUGGUGGCUACGAUGGAUCUACAAUGGUGCCUAGCAUUGAGAUAUAUGACCCCCGUCUAGGAACAUGGGUAAUUGGUGAGCCGAUGAAACAUUCAAGGGGAUAUUCAGCUGCUGCUGUUUUGAAGGAAUCCAUCUAUGUCAUUGGAGGAGUUCAAUCCAAUGAGGAGAUAAUAGACGUGGUUGAAUGCUAUAAAGAGGGUCAAGGUUGGGAAAUGCCUAACUUGAGGGCUAUCGGGAAAAGGUGUUUCUCCUCAGCCGUAGUUUUAGAGGAAGACUGAAUGGUGCUAUGAUAUGGAAGCUGAUCUAGAACAAUAGGAGGUGGUUUCUUUGAAUCUAAUGCGUCCUUUGUCCAUCCGACAAUAUUAUAUCUAUUAUUUUGAAUUUGUGGAUAAGAUUAGUAUCUGUAAUUAUACUUGGAUGCUUGAAGUUGGAGUUUCUGAACUUUUGGAAGUAAUAGAAUUCUCUUUGAAAGAAAA